CAUCUAUCACAGCGCGCGGCGUGUGAUGAGUCAACGAAUCCAGUAGUAUUGCUCGCGUUAGAGAGAAAUGAUAGCAUCACCAUCUGCGCAUUUGGCUUCUUCACACGGUGACACAGGAUCUUGAGUUAGAAGUCAUCGAGACAGAAAAUUUUUUUGACGUGAUACACCGCGCCUGACCUGGUCAGCCGAGCACCCGGCCAUGGAGUUCACGAGCUUGCCAAACACCGACUUCAUCGUCAUCCCAAAAUCUUGCCGUGACGCAAGUUUAUGGAGUCUUUUGGUCGAAAAAUCUAAAAGGUUCCGCCUAAAUUCCCUGAAAGAGUCUCCAGAAGCCUUUGCUUCCACGUAUGAGAGAGAAAAGGCAUUUGAAGACAGUGUUUGGGCCGAUAGACUGUCCAGCCUCCGUGCAACUACAGUUGUAGGCGUUGAGAGAUUCAGUGGUAUGGAGGUCAAAAACAAAGACGAUGAUUCUGCCAUGAUCCGAGCACUUGUCGAAUCAAGCUGGCAGUCAACGACGGUGGUGGUGGAGCCUCCGGAGGAGGCGCUUGCGAGCCUCUCAGCCUCCCGCUCACCUUGGCACGCGAUCACAACCACAACGGACGCAAGCGUCGAGCCCGGCCCAUCGAAGAAGAUCACAUUUGUUCUGAAUGGCGUAUACGUGGCGCCUGCCUUUCGCGAGCAGGGAAUAGGGAAGGCAACUUUGCACGCGGCGGUUUCUGUGGGCCGGUCCAUAGCGGCUGCACGAGGUCGACAUCUGGUACACUUUCAGGUCCGUGUUGACACAGCAAACACAGCAGCAUCGAGUCUCUACGAGAAAGCUGGGUUCCACGAGGUCCGUAGAGAGCAUUUAAAUAUGGGGACCGUGGUAAGAGACGGCCUCGUGCGUCAACGUGAAGCCGUCGUCGCAGUGCUGGACCGGGUUGACUCCCUCGACGACACGUAGACAGAGAAGAAGGAUUUAUAUGAAAACAUGCUCUGGCACGUCCAGCUGCGCAGGUGUUUGGAUCAUUUAUACGUUAGAGAGGACGGAAUACGCUUUAUCGA